CCCCAAGGACACAAACACAAUGGCUGAUGAACCCCAAGAACACAAACACAAUGGCUGAUGAACCAUGGAGGAUGCCAAGCACAGUGCAAGAGCUGGCGGCCAACGUGCAGGAGCCACCGAGCCGGUACUUGCUCCCGGAGGAGGAACGCCUCAGUGACCAGCUGGCCGGGGCGGAGAUGCCGGAGGCCGUCCCGACCAUCGAUCUCCGCCGGCUGCUGGCGUCGGACGACGGCGCCGGCGAGGAAGCCGCCAAGCUGCGCUCGGCGCUGCAGAGCUGGGGCUUCUUCCUCGCUACUGACCAUGGGAUCGAGGCCUCUCUGAUGGACGCUCUGAUCGCCGCGUCGCGUGAGUUUUUCCGCAAGCCGCUCGAGGAGAAGCAAGCGUACAGCAACCUGAUCGAAGGGAAGCAGUGGCAGCUAGAAGGCUACGGGAACGACCCGGUGAAAUCCCAGGAUCAGAUCCUCGACUGGUCCGACCGAUUGCACCUUCGUGUUGAGCCUGAAGACGAGAGGAACCUCGACCGCUGGCCCGGCCAUCCUGAAUCUUUCAGGGGCCUGCUGCACGAGUACACGCUGAGCUGCAAGCGAGUGAAGGACGGGAUCCUCCGGGCGAUGGCCAGGCUCCUGGAGCUCGACGACGACGACCGCAUCCUGGACCAGUUCGGCGACAAGGGCUCCACGUACGCCCGGUUCAACUACUACCCCGCCUGCCCGCGGCCCGACCUCGUGCUCGGCAUCCGGCCGCACUCCGACAUCUGCGUCCUCACGCUGCUCCUUAUGGACGAGCACGUCGCCGGCCUGCAGGUCCUCCGGGACGGCACCUGGUACGGCGUCCCAGCUGCUCGUAACCGCGCCUUGCUCAUCAACGUCGGCGUCUCCUUGGAGAUAAUGUCGAACGGGAUCUUCAGGGGGCCGGUGCACAGGGUGGUGACGAACUCGGAGAAGGAGAGGAUGUCGCUGGCCAUGUUCUACUCCGCGGACCUCGAGAAGGAGAUCGAGCCGAUAGCAGAGCUGUUGGGUGAGAAGCAGCAGCCGGCAAGGUACAGGAGGAUCAAGUGCAGGGAUUUCGUGGCGGCUCACUAUGAGUACUUCUCCAAGAGGGAAAGAGUUAUCGAGUCGCUAAAGAUCCAGGGUGAAGGUGAUGCAUUUUUGGGUCAAAUAUGCUACGACAGUACCCGUGCAAAAUAAAUAAAUAAAUAAAUAAAUAUGUGAAGAACUACAUACAUUACACGCAUGCGGUUUGUAUAACUAUAGUAGUAUUGUGUGCUGAGUAAAUUAGUUCCUUGACCCUAACAAAAGUGCUGCUUAGUUUCUUGGCUCUUUUUCGAUUGAACUUGCUUAUUUAGUCUAAAAACGAAUUUUAUUUUGGUUCUUGACCCUUCUGAUAGUUUGACAAGCUAAUGAUGUUAAAAGUAAUACGAAAUAAUUCAUUUACCCCUAUCACCAAAUGAAACACUACAAAGGCAUACAAUAAAGUCAUACAAGCAUUUUAGGUUA